AUUCCAGAGUCUUUGACUUUGGUUGAUUGAAUGACAAUGGUCGGAGUGCUCGGCUGGGUGGGUGGAGGGGGGAGGGUCCAGCACCACGGGAACAGCCUCAGGUCUGCCGGGAGGGAGGCGUCUGUCCUGCGCCGGCAGCUGAAACCUCCGCGGGAGGCAGGGAAGGCCGGCUCUCUUCCACUCCGGCUUUCUUCAGUCCUGUCUUCGGCAAAGGCUGCCUUGGCCACGUGCCCGUCUAGAAAGUAGUAGUCAGGCGCGAGAUCCUGGAAUCCCCCCAAAGGAGAGUCGGGGGGCCGGGACCCUCGAAUUUGCGGGUGGGCGGGGCAGAUCUGGGGGUCGGCUGCCCUCGGGGGGCGCCGGGACAGCUUCGGGCUGGAGGCCGUCACGCUGGGACCCUGAGAGCUGGAGGGAGUUUUCCCUCCGCUCCUGGAGCAGCCUGGCAAACAGGUUCUCCAUCUCCCCCGGGAGGACGCGGCAGGGGGCGGGGGACCUCCCUCCCCGCCGGGACCAGGUGUCCCGGCCCUUCCCAGCGGCUGGGGCGUGGCCGGGCUCUGCGCACCCAGAUGCACAGGGCAGACCGGAACACCUGGGUCCAGCACUGCAGCUGGGCGCUGGAUCUCCGUGUCCAUGGAAGGAUGCGGCCAGGUGGGCUGCCCCGGGCGGAGCCUCCUCGCAGGCCAAUGCCGGCGAGGAGGGGGUGUGUCGCGGUCCCCGGGUCUAGGGAGGGCCGAGGGCGGGGGCUAGCACCCUGGCUAGGGGCCCCAGGACUCGGCGGCAGGGAGGGGGCGGGGCUCCGCCUCGGAGCUAUCUGCCUGCCCUGGAGGGCGGAGGCUGUUAAUACCGGACCUCGCCCCGCUCUCCAUCCUCCCCUCCCCGAGCCCUCGCAGCCAGUCCCGGGAGGCGGCGUGGAGGGGAGGGCUGCUGGGCCCGGGAACCUGGAGUCCCAGGUUCCGCGAGAGGCCGUAUGUGGGCCGCCCUGGCAGACCGCUCGCUCCAGCCACGCCAGGCCGUCUGUGGAUCUGCCACCCGGCAGGAGCUCAGCCAUGUGGGCCCCCAGCCGACGUCAUCUCUGUCUCAUCUUCCUGCUAGUCUGUGUUCUUUCCUCAAUCGCCUUCCUCUACGUCCACCAAGGCCUCUUUCACGACGGUGUAGACCUGUUUGCCCUGUGUCCAUCCCACCACCUUGGGACACCUCAUGUGGCCAUCUUCUGCCUGUCGGGCACAACGAUGACUUCCAACGCCUCCCUUUCCUGUCCCCAGCAGCCUGCCUCCCUCACAGGAACCUGGACCAUCCACCCAGACGGCCGAUUUGGUAACCAGAUGGGGCAGUAUGCCACGCUGCUGGCCCUGGCCCAGCUCAACGGCCGCCAGGCCUUCAUCCUGCCCGCCAUGCAUGCCACCCUGGCCCCCGUGUUCCGCAUCACCCUGCCUGUGCUGUCGCCCCAGGUGGACAGCCAGACGUCCUGGCUGAAGUUGCAGCUGCAUGACUGGAUGUCGGAGGAGUACGCCCGCGUGGAGCAUCCGGUGCUGAAACUCACCGGCUUCCCCUGCUCCUGGACCUUCUUCCACCACAUCCGGGAACAGAUCCGCAGCCAGUUCACCUUGCACGACCACCUGCGGCAAGACGCCCAGGGUUUCCUGAGUCAGCUCCGCCUGGGCCGCACGGGGGGCCGGCCGAGCACCUUUGUGGGUGUCCAUGUGCGCCGAGGGGACUAUCUGCAGGUUAUGCCCCAGCUCUGGAAAGGCGUGGUGGGCGAUCGCGCCUACCUCCAGCAGGCUAUGGACUGGUUUCGGGCGCGGCAUGAAGCUCCCAUCUUUGUGGUCACCAGCAACGGCAUGGAUUGGUGCCGGCAAAACAUUGACACCUCCCGGGGGGACGUGAUCUUUGCUGGCAACGGGCUGGAGGCCUCGCCCGGGAAGGACUUUGCGCUGCUCACGCAGUGCAACCACACCAUCAUGACGAUUGGCACCUUCGGCUUCUGGGCCGCCUACCUGGCUGGUGGGGACACCGUCUACCUGGCCAAUUUCACCCUGCCUGACUCGAACUUCCUGAAGAUCUUUAAACCGGAGGCUGCCUUCCUGCCGGAGUGGGUGGGCAUUAACGCAGACUUGUCUCCCCUCCGGACACCGGCCGGGAGACUUCUUGGAAUAGCCUGAUCAAUCAAGGGCCAGCGCUAUGGGUCUCUGGAGGCCUAGCAGCUUCCAGAGCUGGCUAGACUUUGAAAGAAAGGAGGGCUUUCUGCAACUGCCUGAACAUUCGAGAACCAUCCGAAGAUCUAUUCCUGAUGGCUGGCUGUGUCUGGAGAAACUCAUGGCAGUUUUAGAAGGCACAGUGCCCACCUGCUCUUCCCAGCCCCUCCCCAGGUACUUCUACAUGGCUGUCCCCCAGGAACAGGGGACUCCCCCCUCUAGUUGACCACCUUGGACGUUUCUAGAACAGCUGUUUCUCCUCCCCUGGAGUAUUGAAGGAAUUCAGCGGUGUUCCAGAGCAAGUGCUCACCAGCUCCCUCUCUGUAUUUCUGGGGUGCUGUUAGAGGGGAGACUUAGAGAGGACCAACUGGAACCCUACAGGGCCCUUCCAGAGGGCAUGGGCUUCUGGAAUCCAGACAACUUCAGCAAAGAAUCUAAUGAAGGUACAACCAGAAGCUCAGCAUAUCACCACUGCCAGAAAGAUUGAUGGAAGACAGACUGUCUGUAGCUGGGGCAGUUGGUGAGCAGAAUGCAACUCUAUCCCACCUCUGCCCCUGAACAAACCACAAAGACUUUUUUUGGGAAGUAGAGAGGCUAAAAAUGUGGCAAGUGAGGGACAGGGAUGGCUGCGGAAGCGCUGCAGCUUCUGGUGCAAGGCUUUCCAGAAAUUCAGGGACAUGUUUUUUUUCUUGGUGAGGAAGAUUAGCCCUGAGCUAACAUCUGUUGCCACCUUCCCUCUUCUUGAUUGAGGAAGAUCAUUGGUGAGCUAACAUCUCCGGCAAUCUCCCUCCACUUUGUAUGUGGGAUGCCGCCACAGCAUGGCUUGAGAGCUGCGUAGGUCCAUGCCCAGCCCGGACGGGGCGGGCACGGUGAACUCCAGGCAGCUGAAGCGGAGCCCACAAGCCCAACCACUACACCACUGGGCCGGCCCCAGAAAACUUUUUUUUAAGCUCAAAAACUGCCAAAGACAGGCAUGCACAUGUUGGCUGUGAGUUGGGGUUGCCCCUCCCCAUUUAAGCUGGGCUGCUGGGGGGGAUGGGAUAGAUUUUUCUGGAAGUCAGCAGGUCUAAAGGCUUCCGGGCUUGCAGAAAUCCCUGGAAUUGUGCCCCUUGGCAAUCAUUGUCUGCCCCAGACUUCACAGAACCACUAAAUCUGGCUUUGGGCAAGUCAAGGAUGAAAGGAUCCAAAGGGAUGCAGACCUGACGAUUGGCCGCAGACCCAGGCAGGAGCACAGGGUCUGGACAAGGAGAUUGGAAUUCUUGACUCAGAUUUCAGGAGCCCCUCGGUGCUUUUUGAAGGGGUUAAAGGUACAUACUUUUAUUACAGUUUUGUGUAGGAAUCUUAGCCCCUUUUCUAAUUUUCUCAGGGAGUUUUGGGGGGCCAUUCCCUACUCAGCUGCCAUAGGUGGGAGAGAUGGAGGUAUGUAUUAAAAGUCCACCUCACCAA